AAUAUUUUUUAACGGUAUAGAGCUGUGGAACCUGUGUUUCGACAUUAGCCAUCAAUUUUUCCGCAGAGUUGCGUCACAAUUCAUUGGACCAGAGACAUCACAAUAUCUUACAACCCCAGGAGUUAGUAGAAACGAGAAUUGAGAUCUUCCGGGCAGUUCCCUGGUACAUCCAGAUACAACCAGAAACCUCAGCCCCCAUGACGGGUAAAAGGAAAGUGAAUUAUUCAGAGAGUGAGGAGCACUCAUCCGAUGAGGAUUUUAUCUCCGAGGAUGUGUCCAUCCACUCGAAGACAAGAGGCAGUACGAUUGAAUCACCUUUGGUGUUGGAGCCACCGAAGAAACGAGGACGAGGGCCCUCGAAGCGUCCCUGCACCAACAGAAAUGCCCUGAUGGCAAGGGUCAAUCGCCAGAGAAAAAAGGAGUACCUCGAAAGCAUCGAGGGCAAAUUAAAUUACUACAGAAAUGCCAAUAAAAAUCUUGCCAAUGUUGUCCAGCAGCAGGGGAUUGAUCUCAAAAGGCUGACAGCUGAGGUAUCUUAUCUCAGGAAUAUUUUAAAUAAUAAUACGAGUAUCACAACUCUCCUAAAGACCAUGAACGAGUCGUUGAAGCAAAGGAAGUGCAGGCCUGAGGAGGACAAGUGGGACUUGGAGAAGACCGACCCAAUCUCGAAUUCCCUGGGACUCUCUAAGACGUCUGCUAGAGUUGCAGGGGGUCCAGAAACUCUUGGAGAUUCAGAAAUCCCAUCUGAUCCAGGUAACAAUGGUAAUGACAUAAAGUAUCAGGGGACUCUGCUGUCACUCGUGGAGUCCGACCACAAUUAUUCCAAUGGAAUAAUUACUAAUGAUUUAUUUGAUUUUGAAGGCGUCAAUUGUGAUCCUUUUAAAGGGAGCCUUGCUUUUCCAUCGGGUAAUCCCAAUAUUAUUAAUUCCACUGAAGAUUCACAGUUUGGGAUAUCUGAUGUGGAUAUAGACCAGCUGGGGAACUUGGAGAUUUUCGAUCUGCCGGGAGAUGCAGGCGGCGAUGGAAUCGAUCUAUCCAGAAGUGAUCAGCCUCAGACUGAUAAUCUUUUCGAUAAUCUGGAUAACAGUGGUAUUUGUCUGCACGUUAAUUCCGGGAGGAUAUCCCUUGAGUAUUGCUCCAUUUGUCAUCUCAACAGCAUUAAUUCUGACGAUCCUUGAGGGAAAUGAAAAGGGAAAACAUCAGAUUGUUUUAUUUCUAUUCUUGAGAAUAUUUUUGCAUUUGCUCGAGUGUUUACGGGACUUUUGUACGAAUUCCAGUUAUUAUUUGAAUAUUUAUUAAUGUAUAAUUAGGGUUGGUGUUUAAGAUUAUGGAGAUUUUCUUUUGAAAUUUAGGGGAAUAUUGUCAUUGAAAAAGUAAAUUUAUAUUGAAUUCUUCGUAAUUUUGGUAAAAAUACCGAAAUAUUUGGAACUUCAUUGAAGUUUUGUUUUUCAAGAAAUUUCAGUAAUUUUAAAAAAGUAAAUGUAAUGAGGGCGUAAUUAGAUCUAAGAUUUUGUUUUAAUUGUGAAAUAUUCAAUGUACUGAUUUCUCCUCCGAGACUCUAUGGACGAUUUUACUUUUGCAGGGUAUUAGGUGGAGAUGGAUGAAUUAGGAUAACGAGUGUGCCCCUUGUGGAAUUGAAAAUGGAUAAUGUUUAUAAAGUUGUCAUUGCUGGGAUUGUUUGUCUCGGAGCCAUCCGUUUUUUAAUUAAAACAAUAUUUGUUACGAAAAUAUGUUAAUAGCAGCUGUGUAUACAGGUUGAGUAUGAAAGUAUCACCAUGAUUUUCUAUUACUUCGAGUCAAAAGUAGAUUUUUUUUUUCCACUUUUUGUGAGUUUAAUGGAAAUUUUCUCUUUGAUGAAAAUUUUUUAAAAUGCUUCGUGACAGUUUUUUCAUCUUGGAACCAAAAUUUGAAGACGAGUUUCUCAUUGCAAACGGCCAUUUAAGUUUCAGCCCUCAAGUUCUCAACGGUUCCAGCGGUUCCAGCACCGAAAGACCGAGAUGAAAAUAAUUAUCAACCAUCUUUCACCAUUCGUCAAUAUCGUUUUAAACUGUCCCAAAGUGGUAAAAAUUUCUGAUUAAAGGUUUUUGUGUUUUCCAGAAUUAUUUGAAGCCUGCAUUAGUAAAUUUAUUUUUAAUCUGUGAUAAUUAUGGAUAUGAUUGAUUUUCCAUUUGAGGGCACUCGCCAUUAUUUGUUUAAUCUUGAUUUAUCCGCGUUUACAGAUAUCGGAGGAGAAAUUAAUAUUUUUGCCUGUAAUCUAUGGUAAUAUGUUUUAUAAGGAUUACUUACUUAUAGCAUGCUAUAAUCUGGGAAAAUUGAUAGCGAAUCAUAAAUAAAUACAUCAUAUUCUGAGUAA